AAGCCGGCGGCGUUCAGUGUACGCGCGUCAAAUAACGCGAGUGGUCGUACGGUCAUGCGAGAAGCGGCUGGCAGAAUGGCCGAGCUCGAGUUCGAAGCGCCUCUCGCGCAAAUCGAGGAGGCAGAUGACUGCCUUUCUACUGCUGACUACCCACAAAAAACCAUUAAUGGUAACGACAUUCGUCUUAACAACAUAAAAAAUAUCAAAAGUGAAAUGGUCAAAAUGAAAACUGACUCCAACAAAAUAAAUGAUAACGAGGAACCUAAACCGGUGAAGUGCAAACAGGACAAUAUGCAAAACGGUGAAGGAGAUAAUUUUACGGAGACUUUCUCCGGUUCUCUUGAAGAUUUGGUGAACACUUUUGAUGAGAAAAUCACCAAGUGUUUCGGCAACUACGAGGAGAGCGUGGAGAAGCUGGCACCAGUACAGGUUCGGACCCAGGAGGAGAUCAUGAACGAAUGCCAAAUGUGGUGGACGAUAACUGGGAACUUCGGGAACAUUCUUCCUAUUGACUGGACUAAAUCGUUCUCCAGGAAGAUGCAUAUCCCUACAUUGAACCUUAACGAAAAGAAGAGUUCAAUGACACCUGACGACGAGAUCCACAGCUCGGAAGACGAAGCCGUGGCUUCAGACCUGGAUAUGCACGCGCUCAUCCUGGGCGGCUUGCACCAGGAUCACGAGUGCCCUGUCAAGACUGCUGAUGAGGUGAUCCAGGAGAUUGAUGACAUGAUGCAAGACACCCCUUCAUCCGAAGGCGACAUUAUUGAGUACAACGAGGCUUUGGAGAAAGGGAAGGAGGUACUUAGCGCGCCGCUCUAUGAAGAUAAAUUGCGCACCUACUCGCUUGCUCAACUGAACGAGAUAUUUAUGGAGUUAGAAGUUCUUAUUCGCGAGUUCUCCGAAACCCUGAUCGCCGAGUUGGCUCUUCGCGACGAAUUGGAAUACGAGAAGGAACUCAAGAAUACCUUUAUAUCGCUGCUGCUGGCUGUUCAGAAUAAGAGACGCCAGUAUCAUAUUGAGAAGAAGAAGAGGCCGCAGCCACCGAGGUCGCCUAAUUUGAAUGGCAGCCAUUCUGAGUCGAAGUAUUUGACCACGGUGAUACCAUUCCACCUAGACAACGGACCUCCGGACAACCAGUCCCUUCAAGUGCUCAUUAAGAUUCUGAAGGCGAUCAACGAGGACAGUCCCACCGUCCCCACGCUACUAACAGACUACAUCCUCAAGGUCCUGUGUCCAACAUAAACACAACACAACACAACAACACUAGCCAAUUGAACAUCAACACUACUGAACACAUUCAACAUUUCAACAUUAGCACCCAUGGAGAAAUAAAUGUUUAGCAGAGAUGUCAUAACGCAAAAUCUAAUGUCGAAAAUCUAAUCGGAUGUCAUAAUGAAAAAAAAAUGACAAACAUCGUUGAUAAAUGUCUCAAAGAACCUGAACGCCUUGUUAAUUCAUCCGUAACUGAUCGUUAUGGUCAUACCCACCGUACGUAUUUGACCUAGAAGGCGACUCCACUUUUCAAUUUUGAAUAAAUGGCAUCUCUGCUCAUAUUUCCUUACUCCGUGUUCGCACCACACUACGACUGGUUCUAGGCCAUAUCAUUGUCUACACAUACUUUUGUUCACUUAGAAUAAAUUUAUUCAAAUUAAAUAGGUGUUAUUCAUAGCACUCUAAUUAGACGAUUAAAGGUGCAGUAAUAGGGAUGUUGAUUAUAAUUCAAAUAUGUAGAAAAAUAUAAUUUUUGUAGUCCGUCUUUCAGAUUUGAAAAACCACACCCGAACUGCAUUGUAUCUUCUUAAAUUUUAUUAUUUGGCUAAGUAAAAAAAUACCUGUCCCAUAUUGUUUUCUAAUUUAAAAGACACACUAUGUAAUUAUACUUUUUCUUAGUCAACAGACCUAUUCUAUAAUUCGAUCAAUAUUAAAAUCGCGUGACUGCUUAUAAAAGGCGAAUUAGAUAUUAAAUUGACACUAAUAUUUACAUCAUAAUUAUUCGCUCAGAAUUACUAUAAUUGAUAUUAAAGCACCUUUAUCGGAAUCUAAAAUCACAUUUCAAAUAGAAUAAAUUAUUCGAUAAAUAAAAAUAUUAAUUAUAUUAAAUACUCAUCUUGUAUAUGCAUUACCUAAAGUAUAGAAAGCACAUUUUACAGGACAAUUGAUAUCCAAUUAUUAUUAUUUGCAAUAUUAUUUCGGAUUAUACGCGAAACCUUUUCAGUCAAAAAUGUUGUUGUUCUGUUGAAAUGUUCAAGUCUUUGCCAUAACAACAAUUCUUUUGGUGGUUGAUUCCAAGAGUUAAAUAUAUAUUCAACUAUAUGUCUUUAUUUGCAUAAAUGAACUGUGAUAUCAUUAAGAUAGUUUAAUUAAUGCCUCCUUUUAAGAUUUACGUAAAUAUUUGUUAUUUUUAAUACCUAUCUCUCGAACAUAAAAAUUACCUAUAUAUUUAUUUUAGAAUGUACUGUCAUAUUUCAUCAAUUGUCGCCGGCAGAAUGUGAAUUCGAAUGUAAAUAUUUUAAAAUUAUAUAUGUAAAAUUGAAAAGUGGAAUUGUCCCCUCAAAUUAGAUGUUUAGUUAAUAUACAUUAAGGUAUCUAGGUUCGCAGAAGAGGCUUGUAAAUAGUGUUUAAAUAUCAGCUUCUAGAAUUUGUAGUUUUAACAAUUAUUUUAACUAUUGACCUUAACUCGUCAUUUUUAUUGUAAGAACAUCGAAUUUUGUUUCAAUUUUAUUUUAGCUUUCUAGUAAUAGUGUGCCCGAAAUAAACCAGCUAAUAAUGAUUUUUAGUGAAUAAAUUAAUCAUGAAAUUUGCAGUAGGCUAUAACAUUGUUAGAUAUAAGUUGUAUCUCUAGUCUCAACAUGUAUUAGUCAUAAAUUUGUUAUUACUUUGAAACACGAUGGCAGGGAGCUUGGAUGUUCAUUAAAGUGUAAUAAAUAAUCGCAUGAUAUUAAGAAUGUAAAAUAACGAUUGUUGUAAUUUAUAAUACAUUUUAUUGUAUGUGAAUCGGUUUGCGAAAUUAUUUACGGCGAAUGCUUCUGUCGCACAUUUUAAUUAUGAAUAGUAAAAUCACCUACUUGUUGUGCAUAAUAAAAAAAAAGAAUGAAUGGAUUGGAUAUGGUACUCGAUGAGAUUUGUGCAUUGAAAGAAAAACUAAACCUAGCACCACUUUACAGUUGUUUUAUUUGAAACAAAAUAGUGGCAACACUAAUUCUUACCAUAGAUAUAAAAUGGAGGGAGAGUAACUACAACAAAGUUACAGACGUAUGGGUAUUCAAGAAGGAGAUGAAUUGACCACACGGCUUGUAAGUAGUUGUCAUUUUAUAAAAUGUUGAUAUCUAUUUGCGAUUUUCAAUAACUAAUUCUCUCUCUUCAGACUGCUCAAUUGCAUAAGUAAAAUAAGUCCAUUAUCUAUGGUAGGGAUUAUAAAAGUAACUACAAAAAAGCGAUAUAAAAUUAUAGAUGUUUUCUUCACAACUGUAAUGUGGUAAACUUUUUCAAUAUUUGAAAUCCAAUAUUAUGAAUGGCUAUGUAUUGUUUCAAAGCUAUGUAUUGUUAAGCAAGAUAUAAAUGUUGCCAUCAUUGUAUGUGUCUGACUGGCUUGUGAAAAGAAUAUACCUUAGUUUCGUGAACACACACAUUGUAAGUACCUGGUCGAAAUAAAGGAGCUUGAAUGA